AAUAAUGAUUGAUAGCAAGGACAAAAGAAGAAAAAUGAAAACGCAUUGAAGUAAAUAUACAUCUGCAGUCUGCGCUGCAACCUUUCUUCUUCCGGUCAAUAAAAAAAAAACCUUUCACUCUCACCAAGAGCCACAACAAUGUCAAUGUCUAUCCUUCUCCCCACCAAUUUACAACAAUGCCCUUCUCCUUCCUUCUCGCCGUCAACCCCACUACUCUCCCCGUCUCCUUCCACCGCUUUCUCCUUCGUCGGAACUAGCCGGAGAUGCCUCCGACUGGUCACCUGUUGCGUCUCUUCCGUUCAAAGCUCCGUCGCGAACGGCUCCGCUCCCGCCGCCGUUAUCGUGGAGAGAGACCAGAUUCGUCUUGGUCUUCCUAGUAAAGGACGCAUGGCCGCCGACUCCGUCGAUCUUCUAAAGGACUGUCAACUUUUCGUCAAACAAGUCAAUCCUAGGCAAUACGUUGCACAAAUUCCCCAGUUACCAAACACUGAAGUCUGGUUUCAACGGCCAAAAGACAUUGUCAGGAAGUUACUCUCUGGAGAUCUGGAUCUAGGUAUCGUUGGUCUUGACACAGUUUGUGAAUAUGGUCAGGAAAAUGAAGAUCUUAUCAUUGUCCAUGAAGCUCUCAACUUUGGAGACUGUCAUCUAUCCAUUGCGAUACCCAACUAUGGCAUUUUUGAGAACAUAAAUUCUCUCAAGGAGCUAGCUGAUAUGCCACAGUGGAGUGAGGAGAGACCAUUACGCGUUGCUACUGGCUUCACUUAUCUCGGCCCCAAAUUUAUGGAAGAAAACGGCAUAAAGCAUGUGACUUUUUCAACUGCAGACGGAGCUUUGGAGGCAGCUCCGGCGAUGGGAAUAGCUGAUGCCAUAUUGGACCUUGUGAGUAGUGGGACAACACUCAAAGAGAACAACUUAAAAGAGAUUGAAGGAGGGGUUGUGCUGGAAAGCCAGGCCGCACUUGUGGCAAGCAGAAGAGCAUUGACCGAUAGAAAAGGAGCAUUAAAAACAGUUCACGAGAUCCUCGAAAGAUUGGAGGCGCAUCUUAAGGCAGAUGGCCAAUUCACCGUUGUUGCAAACAUGAGAGGAAAUAAUGCUCAAGAAGUGGCGGAGCGUGUGUUGAGUCAACCAUCAUUGUCAGGAUUGCAGGGACCAACAAUAAGCCCAGUUUACUGUACACAAAAUGGGAAAGUAUCGAUUGAUUACUAUGCCAUCGUGAUUUGUGUGCCAAAAAAGGCUCUUUACGAGUCUGUGAAGCAACUAAGAGCGGUUGGAGGCAGCGGGGUAUUAGUUUCACCUCUUACCUACAUUUUUGAUGUGGAUACUCCAAGAUGGGGUCAACUCCUGAGAAACCUCAAUCUUUAAAUGUUUUUGUAUGAGUAGAUGCUUACUCUAACAAGCUGUAAGAAGAAUGGUGUAAGUCAGUGGGUUGUUACCUGUGUCAAGUUUAUAGUUCUGUUUUUGUUUUUUUCUCUCGUUGCUGUUGUAGUUUCUACCUCGCUUUUCUGUAUGGAUCAUGUGCGUUGUUGUUAAUCUGUUGGAACAAUAAUAAAAAAUUAAAUAAAUAAAGAUGCGACAUGUUUGAAGCU